AUGGAGACCGAAGCCCCUUCAGUGUCCUCUCUAGCCUCACAAAUAUGCAGUCACAUAGCCUCCAUCUUUGCCAAACCCACAGACCCCCACCGACCCCCCUUGGACCUCAUGAUCGCUACUCUCACUUCCACCGCAGCCCAAAAUGGUGUUGUCUUCCUGUAUGGGGUUGGUAGGGAGGGCCUGAUGCUCAAGGCUCUAUGCAUGAGGCUGGCUCACCUUGGCAUCUCUACCCACUUUGUCUUCGACAUGACAACCCCACCAAUCACUUCAAACGACCUCCUCAUAGCCUCCGCCGGACCCGGAGGAUUCUCUACUGUUGAUGCUUUAUGUUCACUCGCAAGAUCUCAUGGUGCCACAGUGUUGCUGUUGACUGCUCAGCCUGAGACAGGAUCCUGUGUGAAGCAUGCCAGUGUAGUUUGUUAUGUGCCAGCGCAGACCAUGGCUGAUGAUAAGGGUGAUGGUGGGGAGAUGAAAUCCAGGCCUUUAAUGCCUAUGGGAAGUGUUUAUGAGGGGGGCUUGUUUGUGUUGUUUGAGAUGGUUGUUUACAGGUUAGGUGAGGCUUUAGGACAGAGCCCUGAGGCCAUUCGAUCUCGCCAUACCAAUCUUGAAUGA